AUGCCGACCAAACGCGCCAGCUCGCCCGCCGCCUCGAAACCGACUCCUCGCAAGCGCGCUCGCCCGUCCGCAGACGCCGCGAGCAUCCGGGACUGUGCUGGGCACGGCGAGUGGAUCGACUGGCCCGCGCCGACGAGCCAGAUGGACGCGGCGCAGGACUGGAUUCGGGAAUGCGUCGAGGGCAAGCACCGUGUCGUCAUCUGCCCGGACAAGGACGCAGACGGACUGUCGUCGGCUGUCGUCCUGUCGAUCGCCCUGCGCGCCCUCUCGCACCCUCCUUCCCUCGUCGAGAUCUACCACCUCCCCCGCGCGCUCAACAUCCAUGCCCCGGCCGCCCAGUCCGACAUCCUCGCCACCUUUGCCUCGAGCGGUGGCCCGACCCGCUGCAUCGUCCUCGACCAGGGUUCGCGCCCGGGCCCGCCCCUCCUCCCGCUCGACAGCGGGUGCGAGACGCUCAUCCUCGACCACCACCUGUGCGACGUCUUCCCCGAGGGCGCCCAGGUCCUGUCGGCGUGCCACUCGCUCCCCGUCGCGACGACGUCGCUCCUCGCGUACGAGCUCGCGGCGCGGCUCGUGCCCUCGCUGCGUGGCUCGCGCCCGGCGAGCAUGGCCGCGCUCGUCGGCGUGUACGGCGACCUCGGCGGGAGCAAGAUCAAGUUUGGCGUCGAGAGCGAGGGCCCGUGGCACGCGAGCCUCGCGCCCGUCGAGAAGGCCUUGACCAAGAGCGCGCUCGGCAAGGCGGUCGCGCUCCUCAACGCGCCGCGGCGCACGCCCCAGUUCAACGUCGCCGACGCGUACGAGGCGCUGCAUGCGGCUGGUGGACUCGGGCUCAAGCGCGUCCUGCAGGACGACAAGCUCCUCGAGGCCAAGGAGCGCACGAGCGCCGAGACGAGCCGGUGGCAGGGCGCGCCUCCCGUCUUUUCCAAGGACGGAAAGAUCGCCGUCGUCACGGUCGACUCGGGCUACCAGAUCCACCCCGUCAUCGCUACAAGGUGGUGCGGCACGCUCCGCAAGGCCAAGACGCUCGUCUGUGUGAUGUGCGCCAACACCGGCUUCACGCCCGGCUUCGUCCACUUUUCCUGUCGCGCUCCUCGCCGCGACUCGACCUCCUCCUCCUCCUCCGACCCAGUCGACCUCAUCGCCUUCCUGCGCUCCCUCGCUCCCCUCUGCGACGCCCUCUCGCCCGGCUGGUCGACCCGCGUCGGGCACGAUUUCGCGCGCGGCCACCGCGAGGCGACGGGCGGCAUCAUCGCGCGCGACGAGUACGACGUGCUCGUGCGCGCGUGCGAGGUCGGUGUCAAGAAGGAGAGGACGGCGUCUCCGGCCAAGAAGAGUGCGUGCGGCAAGGGGGUCAUCGAUGCGGGCAUGAAGAAGGGCGCGCUCGAGGGGUUCUUCAAGCCGGUCGCCAAGGCGGGAACGCCGUCGCCGGCCAAGGGCAAGGCCAAGAGCGAGGGAGCGGAGGGCAAGGAGGUCAAGUAG